AUGUCACGAAGACCGCUUGGAAGAAAGGAGUGGGACGUACGCGCUUCCACAUUAGCUCAGAACACCCACAACACUAUAAGGAGUAUCGUCGAGAAUCUUCGGGUGGAGCCAAAUCCUCAAAAGGAUUUGAUUGCUCUUUCUAUCGGGGAUCCCACCACGUUUGGGAAUCUUAACCCACCAGACCAAGUGCUAGCAGCUGUCAGAGAAAGUGUCGAAUCACAUGCGAGCCGGGGUUACGCUCCUGCGAAAGGACAACAGGAAGCAAGGCAAGCAGUGGCAGAGUAUAGCGCUCAUCAAGGGGAAGUGACAGCAGACGAUGUUGUUCUCGCAAGCGGUACUUCACAUGCGAUCGAACUCGCGAUCACCGCUCUCGCAGAUCCUGGACAAAACAUCCUUGUACCACGCCCAGGUUUCAUGAUCUAUCAGACCCUGGCGGUGGGGCUAGGAAUACGUAUUAAAUACUAUAGUUUAUUGCCAGAUGAACAGUGGAAAGUAGAUAUAGAUGAUUUAGAGAAUCAAAUCGACGAUGAUACCGCUGCCAUUAUUGUAAUAAAUCCCUCAAAUCCAUGUGGGUCAGUUUACGAUAAACAACAUCUUUGUGAAAUAGUGGACGUGGCUUCUAGAAACCACGUACCGAUAAUAGCUGAUGAAAUCUACGAACAUUUCGUCUUUUCGGGUCACAAGUUCCAUGCCAUAUCUUCUUUAUCAGAAGACGUUCCUGUAUUAACUUGCAGUGGGCUAACAAAAAGAUUUUUAGUGCCUGGCUGGCGCAUGGGUUGGGUGAUCGUUCACGAUCGUCACAAUAUAUUUGGAAAAGAUAUUCGCAAUGGUCUUAAUAAUUUAGCUUCGAGAAUACUUGGACCCAGCGCAUUAGUUCAAAGAGCUUUACCAUCCAUUCUCAAAUACACGCCGCAAAGUUUUUUUGAUGAAGUGAUACUAUUUAUCGAGAGUCAGGCGAAACUUGCAUAUGAAGAAUUACGAAGGGCUCCCGGCCUGCGACCCAUUAUGCCACAGGGAGCUAUGUAUAUGAUGAUCGGAAUAAAAAUGGCGUUAUUUCCCAGUAUUAAGAACGAAUUUCAAUUUGUUGAAUGCCUUGUAAAAGAACAAUCAGUUUUCUGCUUACCGGGAAAAUGUUUCGAGUACCCGAACUACAUGAGAAUUGUUUUAACAGUACCUGAAGCAUAUUUACGGGAAGCUUGCCAAAGGAUUAUAAUAUUUUGUAAGGAGCACAUUGACUAUGGCGAGAAACGUAAAGAAGUGGCUAAUGACGAUAUAACCGUUCCACAUAAUAUUGAAGUGUUAUGA